AAGCCCAAGAUCUGAACCAGCGAAACCCUGGGCGGCGAAACCCUGGGCCAGCGAGGGGGACGUGCAAACUUAACCGCUCAGCCACAGGGCGGCCCCAUGUGCAGUUUUGAAGGUUGUCUGCCAAGACUAAAGGGCCACAGCCUGUAGAAAGGCAGAAACGCAUGGAAUAACAAGGUGCAUUUAGGAAAUUACAAGUGGCUUCGCAGGGCUGGAAGAAACAUUGGGUGGGUGGGAAGGAAAUGUGGAAGAGAAGACUUUAGUUAGGUCAGCAGGGCUUUGUGUUUGGGAGCCAUCAUCAGAUUUGCGUUUUAGAGAGGUCACUCUGGCCUCAGUGGAGAGAGUGGACCGAAGAGAGCAAGAAUGAAGGGAGGCAGGGAAGAGUGAAAAGGAGAAAGAAGUCUUUGGGUCUUGGCUAGUCGGCCAGCAGAUACCCUUUCUCAGCAUUGGCCUGUCCUGACUUAUACUUGGCCAACGCCGUGUCUCUCCGGGAUUUCCCUCCCUCCUCCCCGCAGGCGGGCAGGGAAGGAAGGCGAGGGGUGGCCCUGCCUGGGUGGUCUCCUGCCCCGCCUCCCGCGGCGCCGUUGCCUAGCAGCGGAUCCGGCCGCAAGGCUCCGGGUAAUUUGCGGGCCCCUCAGCCAAUGGGAGGGCGUCGCUCCGGCCCGCUCCCUUUUUUGGGGGCUACAGACGCCUCCGCGGCACUGCGGUCGCUACCUCCAGACCCGCCGGGCGUCGCGGGCCUGUGGCUUUGCCGGCACGCGGGACCCACUCCGGCCGCACCGCCCUGCUGCUCCCCGGUCUCACAGCCGCCGCUGCACACCCGCACGCCGCCCUCACCCACGCCCGCGCCCGCUCCUUAGCGGCCCCAGUGAAUCCAACGCGGGGCCCCGCGGUACAGAGGGACCAGGCCGGCCGAUGGGGGCUCCCAGAUAACGCGGGUUGGGGGCGCCCACGCCCCCCAUCCCCGCCAGCAUGGCUCGGCCGCCGCCCCUCGGGGAACUGCCCCCGGGCUACACACCCCCAGCUCAACCCGCAGCACCCCAGAUCCUAGUUGGGAGCCUGAAGGCUCCACUCUGGCUUCGUGCUUACUUCCAGAGCCUGCUCUUCUCUCUGGGCUGCGGGAUCCAGAGACACUGUGGCAAAGUGCUCUUCCUGGGACUGUUGGCCUUUGGGGCCCUGGCACUGGGUCUCCGAGUGGCCAUCAUUGAGACAGACCUAGAACAGCUCUGGGUGGAAGUGGGCAGCCGGGUGAGCCAGGAGCUGCAUUACACCAAGGAGAAGCUGGGGGAGGAGGCUGCGUACACCUCCCAGAUGCUGAUACAGACUCCCCGCCAGGAAGGGGAGAAUGUUCUCACGCCUGAGGCACUUGGCCUCCACCUCCAGGCAGCCCUCACUGCCAGUAAAGUGCAAGUAUCACUCUACGGAAAGUCCUGGGAUUUGAACAAAAUCUGCUACAAAUCAGGAGUCCCCCUAAUUGAAAAUGGAAUGAUUGAGCGGAUGAUUGAGAAGCUGUUUCCGUGCGUGAUCCUCACUCCCCUCGACUGUUUCUGGGAGGGAGCCAAGCUCCAAGGGGGCUCUGCCUACUUGCCGGGUCGCCCCGACAUCCAGUGGACCAACCUGGAUCCAGAGCAGCUGCUAGAGGAGCUGGGCCCCUUUGCUUCCCUUGAGGGCUUCCGGGAGCUGCUAGACAAGGCACAGGUGGGCCAGGCCUACGUGGGGCGGCCCUGUCUGCACCCUGAUGACCUCCACUGCCCGCCUAGUGCCCCUAACCAUCACAGCAGGCAGCCUCCCAAUGUGGCUCAGGAGUUGAGUGGGGGCUGCCACGGCUUCUCCCACAAGUUCAUGCACUGGCAGGAAGAAGUGCUGCUGGGAGGCACGGCCAGGGGCUCCCAAGGACAGCUGCUGAGGGCAGAGGCCCUGCAAAGUACCUUCCUGCUAAUGAGUCCCCGGCAGCUGUAUGAGCACUUCCGGGGCGACUACCAGACACAUGACAUUGGCUGGAGCGAGGAGCAGGCUGGCACAGUGCUGCAGGCCUGGCAGCGGCGCUUUGUGCAGCUGGCCCAGGAGGCCCUGCCUGGGAAUGCAUCCCAGCAGAUCCACGCCUUCUCCUCCACUACCCUGGAUGACAUCCUGCACGCCUUCUCUGAAGUCAGUGCUGCCCGUGUGGUCGGAGGCUAUCUGCUCAUGCUGGCCUAUGCCUGCGUGACGAUGCUGCGAUGGGACUGUGCCCGGUCCCAGGGUGCUGUGGGCCUUGCCGGGGUGCUGCUGGUGGCCCUGGCCGUGGCCUCAGGCCUUGGGCUCUGUGCCCUGCUCGGCAUCGCCUUCAAUGCUGCCACUACCCAGGUGCUGCCCUUCUUGGCACUGGGCAUCGGCGUGGAUGACAUCUUCCUGCUGGCACAUGCCUUCACAGAGGCUCCACCUGGCACCCCUCUUCAGGAGCGCACAGGUGAGUGUCUGCAGCGCACCGGCACCAGCGUCACACUCACGUCCGUCAACAACAUGGUUGCGUUCUUCAUGGCCGCCCUGGUUCCCAUCCCUGCACUGCGGGCCUUCUCCUUGCAGGCAGCCAUAGUGGUUGGCUGCAACUUUGCAGCCGUGAUGCUUGUCUUCCCAGCAGUCCUCAGCUUGGACCUGCACCGGCGCCACUGCCAGCGCCUUGAUGUGCUCUGCUGCUUCUCUAGCCCCUGCUCUGCUCGGGUGAUUCAGAUUCUGCCCCAGGAGCUGGAGGAUAGGACAGUACCAGUAGGCAUUGCCCACCUGACUGCCACAGUUCAAGCCUUUGCCCACUGUGAAGCCAACAGCCAGCAUGUGGUCACCAUCCUACCCCCGCAAGCCCACCUGGUGCCCCCACCUUCCGACCCACUGGGCUCUGAGCUCUUCAGCCCAGGAGGGUCCACAAGGGACCUUCUAGGCCAGGAGGAGGGGACAAGGCAGAAGGCGGCCUGCAAGUCCCUGCCCUGUGCCCGCUGGAAUCUUGCCCAUUUCGCCCGCUAUCACUUUGCACCCUUGCUGCUCCAGUCACACACCAAGGCCAUGGUGCUGGUGCUUUUUGGGGCUCUUCUGGGCCUGAGCCUCUACGGAGCAACCUUGGUGCAGGAUGGGCUGGCCUUGACAGAUGUGGUGCCUCGGGGCACCAAGGAGCAUGCCUUCCUGAGCGCCCAGCUCAGGUACUUCUCCCUGUAUGAGGUGGCCCUGGUGACACAGGGUGGCUUUGACUACGCCCACUCCCAACGCGCCCUCUUUGAUCUGCACCAGCGCUUCAGUUCCCUCAAGGCCGUGCUGCCCCCGCCUGCCACCCAGGCGCCCCGCACCUGGCUGCACUAUUACCGCAACUGGCUACAGGGAAUACAGGCUGCAUUUGACCAGGACUGGGCUUCUGGGCGCAUCACCCGUCACUCAUACCGCAAUGGCUCUGAGGAUGGGGCCCUGGCCUACAAACUGCUUAUCCAGACUGGGGAUGUCCAGGAGCCUCUGGAUUUUAGCCAGCUGACCACGAGAAAGCUGGUGGACAAGGAGGGGCUAAUUCCACCGGAGCUCUUCUACCUGGGGCUGACCGUGUGGGUGAGCAGUGACCCCCUAGGUCUGGCAGCCUCACAGGCCAACUUCUACCCCCCACCUCCUGAGUGGCUGCAUGACAAGUACGACACCACCGGGGAGAACCUUCGCAUAUCUGGGCCUGCGGCACUGCUUCCUGCUGGCUGUUUGCAUCCUGUUGGUGUGCACUUUCCUCGUCUGUGCCCUGCUGCUGCUCAACCCCUGGACAGCUGGCCUCAUAGUGCUGGUCCUGGCGAUGAUGACUGUGGAGCUCUUUGGCAUCAUGGGUUUCCUGGGCAUCAAGCUGAGCGCCAUCCCUGUGGUGAUCCUUGUGGCUUCUGUAGGCAUUGGUGUCGAGUUCACGGUCCACGUGGCGCUAGUGAGUACAGGCACGGGGCAGGGGCAGGCCAGCUGAUUCAGUGUUCAUCAGAUGAUUAUCAAGCACCUACUGUGUGAUGGAUACUAUUCAAGAGUUGGGGCUAUAAUAGCAAUACAGACAAUCUUUACCUUCAAGGAGCUUGUAUUCUAAGGGCUAGAGGUAGACAGUAAACAAGUAAACAAAUAAAUAAGCAAGCAGCCAUUUCAGUAGAGACGAGGGUACAAAGACCUGACCAGAAUGGGGUAAGGACAGAACGGAAGGUGAGAACAUGGGAACCAGCAGGUCUCCCAGAUGGUUUUACUGUGAAGGAGAUCAGAGAAAUGGGAUGGUAGCUGGGUGGCAAGUGAAUAAAGGUGGAAUUCUACCAAGACAGAGAUGGCAGAACCAAGGCAGGCAGGCCUUUCUCAAGGCGUAUUGUCUGGAAGAGGAGGAGUGGGCCGUGGGGUGGGGGCCACAGGACAGCUGGAAGCACCAACAUAAACCUGGCCAGACCUCACAAACAGCUCCCUUCUUUUUUUAUCCCAUAAUUUCCCUAUUAUUAUUCUGAUUAUAAGAACAAUAUAUACUCCUUAGGGAAAAGAAAGUCUGUAUGCAGAAAAGUACAAAGAAAUAACUAGAAAUCCUCUGAAAUGCCACCCUGAGAAGUAACUGUUAUCCCUUUGGUGUCUGUCCUUCUAGACCAGAGGUCAGCAAACUUUUCCUAUAAAGGGCCUGUUAGUAAAUAUUUUAGGCUUGGCAGGCCAUGUAGCUUCUGUUGCAAGCCUGCCACCGUAGCACUAAGGUAGCCACAGACAAUAGGCAAGUGAAUGGGUGUGGCUGUGUUCCCACAAACCUUUAUUUACAAAAACAGGUGACAGGCUGUAGUUUGCCGACCUAUUCUAGACAUCUUUCUGUGUCUCACCAGACACAUCUGUACAGUGUUCCCUGAAUGGACUCAUGCAUGCUUCCUGGACAGUUCCCAGGGACUCAGUUCACCUGGCCUUCUGUGGGCCAAGGCCUGGGCGAGCCCUGGGGACAGAUGAGCAAAAGUUGGGGGCAUAGAGACCUGGCCUUGGUUGGCUGAGGAGCAGCUCCAGGACCACUUUGUUCCCCCAGGGCUUCCUGACCACCCAGGGUAGCCGGAACCUGCGGGCUGCCCGGGCCCUAGAGCACACAUUUGCCCCGGUGACCGAUGGGGCUGUCUCCACAUUGCUGGGUCUGCUCAUGCUUGCUGGUUCCAACUUUGACUUCAU